AUGUCAACUGUCGAAGAAAGUAAGAUAAUUUAAGCUAACAAAGAAGAGGUAUAUAAGAAAAUUUUAGAGCUCAGAGCCAAGCAAUUGAAAGAAGAUAAAUAAAUUUUUGAAAAUUAUGAACCAGGUUGGUUUGAAAAUUUAUUAGAUUUCGAUAUAACUUGUUUAAAAGAGUUAGAAAAAUGGAUGGAUAAUGUAAUUGAGAAAGAAAAUUCUCCCGAACUUACAUAGCUUUGGGUUUUUUAAAGAGAUUUGAUAAGAUUUUCAUAUUAUUUCUUAACAUUUAGAUGGGUUAAGUUAGUUAAAGAAAACUAUUUUGCAAUUAAAGUCGAGCAUUUAUAUUCAGACUACAUAAAUUAUUUAAAGGAAGAUUUUUAAAAAAACAAUUUGAAAUGGCUUGAUGAUUCAUUUUCCUACUUAACUUUGAAAAUAUAAUAAGCUUAUUAGGGAGAGACAUGGGAUCUUGUUGAAUCAACUUGUAAAGUAGCUAGAGCAUUUAAAGAUGCAACUAUUGAAUGGUAUGAAUACUAUGUUGAAUAUAACAAAAAGGUUGCUCCUUAAAUUAAAUAAUUUGCUUGUAAUCAUAAAAAUGAAGUGAAGGAUUACAUUUGGAAUCGCUUCUAGGGAGUUUUAAGAACUUGGAUAAAUUAGUUAAAAGUUACUCCCCAAGAAUCUCUUGAUUAUUCAUUUACUGUGUUAGAAAAUUACUUUUUAGUAAACAAAUUAGUUAGAGCUUCUUUCUUUGAAGAUAGUAAGCGUUUAGUUCCACUUUAAGCUAAAUAAAUAUCUCUUCAAACUCAACUUGGAUGGAAACACAUAUCAAAUAAAUUUGGAAAUAUUAAGAAUAGUUUAUCUAAUAGUAUUAAUUCUAGUUUGGUUUCAUACUUAUCUGUUGAAGAAAGUGAAGUGUUUUCUUUGCGUUAGGAAGGAAUAUGCUCACUUUUGAAAUAAGAGUAUCCUUUAAGACUUUAAAAGGGUUUAAAUCUAUUCACAUUGGCCUUUUUCCGUAUAAUUGAUGAAGAAAAAGAGUAUGAGUCUCGUAGUAAUAAAUUUAUAAAAUUAAAUUAAGAUAUUGAGAAGAAACUUGAUGAAGUCUUCAAAAGAAAAGAAUAACGUUUAGCUAGAAUUAAUGCUUUACAAAGUGUUGAAAAGAAAUCAGAUGAAACUGUAGAAAACCGUAAAAAGAAAUUAGAAGUAGAUUUUGAAUCCAAUUAAAAAACUACAUAACAAUAAUACGAAAAAGAUGUCAAGCUUUUAGAGAGUCAGAUAGCAGAAGUUAGUUGGAAAAAAUACUAAGUAGAAAAAGAUGUUUAAGAAUCUAAAAGAAUUUAAAACGAAGAGUAUAGACGUUAACAAGAGUAAGUAAAAGCAGACAAGCAAUAUAAAAUUCAAAGAGAGAAAGAAUUAAAACAAUUAGCUUCUUAAAAAAAAGAAAGAUUCGACUAUUUGAAAGAAUUCAUAAAGAAGUUUGACAAAUAGACUGAAGAAAAGUUCCAAGAAAAAAUAAAAACAAUUGAAUAAUAAAAUCAAGCUCGUUUAGCAAAAGAAAAAAGAGAUAAUCGCAAAUAGGAAUUAGAAAAAUUUGAAAAGGCUUACUUUGACGAAUAAGAACAAAUUAAAUAGCUAUAGUUAAAAAAAAAAAGAAUUCCUAAGAAGAAACCUGAAUAAUUGGCUUUAGAAAAGCAAAAUUUAGAUGAAUUAGAACAAAUUCGCUAAGCUGAGGAAUAAGAAAAAUUGUAAGAAGAAUAACAUAAAUUAGAUUUAAAAAAAGCUGAAGAAGAAAAAUAAUGGCAAAAUGUUAUGGAAAAGAAAUUUUAAUCAAAGCUUGAUGGAAUUUAACAGUGGGUUGAUAAAAAAGGUCAAAGCAUUAAUAAUUUUGACCCCUCUAAGAAAUUGAGAAAUUUUUAUGACAGAAUCUACAAUAGUUUUAGUGAAUGCUUAUUAUGGUUUACUCCUGUUUUUAAUACUGUUAUUUAUGGUCCUUUGGAUAACUUUAAGAUUACAAAAUAACUUGGUGAAAAAGCAAGCUAUCUUUAUAAAGCUGCUCUUAGCCAAAGAGCAUUCCCUUAACGCGAAACUGUAUAAAUUCCAAGUAUACCAGAGGAAAUUGAUUUUCAACAAAUUAAAACAAAAGUAAAAGAUAUGUUUAAUCUUUAAAAAAUAGAAGUUGAUCCUAUGAAAAAGGGUAACUUAAUUCGUGUUUUAAAGCACAACAUCAUAGGAUCUGAUCUUAUGUCAAUUGCUUUCUUCAAAAUUGUAUAGGACAAAUUAAUGUAAUAUACAUCUGGUACAUACUAAAAUUAUAAUAAUAUCGCUGCAGGUGCUCUUUCUGGUGCAAUGAUGGCCUUUUUAAUGAAUCCAAUUGAUUGUUUCAAAACUCUUUAUGUUGCCACUGACUUGAAGGUCUAAUUAUCUAUAUCCAACGUUCACUAUAGAUUUACUAAUGGCCUUAAUGCAAGCAUAAUAUCAAAUUCCGUCUACAGGGGUAUAUAGUUCCCUCUUUACGAAUAUUUCAAGAGAGCUACCUACAUGAAGUAAUAUAAUAUUAAAGAGAAAGAUUACGAAUAAUAGACAGGCUACUUCAAUCAUAGUUAUUACAAUAACUUCCUUUCUUUGAAGUAAAAAUAUUUAGCUGCUGUCUCAGCAUCUUUAAUUAGCAGUGUAUUCGCCUAUCCUUUGGACACUGCAAGAAAAGUAAUAUACACUAAUACUUAUAUCUAAGAUUAAUCUUAACAUAUCCAUACUAUACGUUAAGCCCUUGCAAUUAAUACUACAAUCUAUGGAGGAUUUAAAUAUAAUUGCAUUAAACAAAUAUUCUAACCUCUUUCUCUAAUUGUUUUCGAUCAUGCUACUUCUAAAAUUAGUAAUAAAUCUUAAAUAAACUAAUAUAUCCAUUGA